CAGUCUAUAAAUCAAAAAUUAUCUUCGCGUUUGUAUUUGAUUUUAAAAUUCCGAAUUAAAUUAUGUGAAAAAUAAUUAUGCACAUUAUCACAAUAUCAACAUUCUUGUGGAAGUGUCGAACCAGUUGAAUUUCGACGCUCACAGGAUAAAUUUCAGUUACUGCUUGCUGUUACUUCUCGACCUCAAUGAAGUACAACAAUGUGCUGUAUCUUUACAUGCUGUGGUUGGAUGAUAGAUCUGAUACAAAGAUUAUGGACAUUUACAAUGGCUUGCUGCAUAAGCUCCGCGGUUUGCUGUUCUCUCCUCACCGCUUCGCUGUCUGGCAUCGCGCUCGGAUACAACUACUCCCUGGCUGAAUACAUUGACUUGAAAGAAACAAACGUAUCGAUCUACCUGAAGAGGGGUAUUUUCGACGACGAAAUAGCCGACGACAUCGAUUGGCGAAGGAGUGGACAUAAACCCGUUGCAGGACAUAUUAAAGAAGAUAACCUUAUGACCGAGCCAGAAGACCAGCCUCUCAAACCUGCGCGAAGACUUGAUGAUUCCAUACUUGAGUCCAAUGAUAAGAACAACUUCGAGGGUGCUCUACUGAAAUUAACUGCUAAACCACCAGAUUUUACUACAAAGUCUCCUACAACGCCUCCAAUUGAUUUAUCGCAGAUAUUAGACCAGUAUUCUCGACCAAUGGAUCAGUUAAAAGCUGUUCAAGUCAUGAUCAAUAAGCAGAAAGAUGUUGAAGCCGAGCAACGUAGACAGCAAAAGCAACAUCCAACAGAUAGCAAGGAGGAUAGAUUCGAGAAGCUGCCGAUAGAAUCAGAAAUAGGCCGACGAAUGAUGAAUCAGAUGCCAUUUGAUAUCCCAACGAACCAGGAAUCUUCCACCAGCAACUCUCUUAGACUAGCGGUUCCCGACAUCGGUAUUGUCGCUGACAAGUCCCAAUGGCGGAGACCACCGCCCCCUGACCAGUACAGCAGGCUAUAUUACAACUACAGUCCGAAAGAUUCCUUCACUCUUCCUUCACCAAUAACUUCAAAACCAGGCCCGGCUAGACCAACAAGACCAAGGCCCCAUUCGAAACUACCCUUCGGACCAACAUUGACCAGCUUAAAACCAGCAGAACCAAAGAAAAUGGGAUCGUUGCCCCCAAAAGAUUUGAAUGUUCCAGAUGAUAAUGUUGAUAGCUUUAAAGAAAAGCUGUUUUUGGAUAAGUUUGAUUCACUUGGCUUUGACGAUGAUUUCCGUAAAAGAAUUAAAGCACAGAAAGGAGAAGAUGACUAUGAAGAAGACAUAAAAGGAAUACCACUAAGAAAGAAAAGAGACAGUGGUUUUCAAGAUACAAAACAAAUUAACGAAGUGCAAAAUGAGAAAUUGGAUAAAACAACGAUUUUAUCUAAGUUAAUGUUGAAUUUAUCCAAAACUUUGCCAUUAUCUAUUGAGACAGAUACAACUAACAACAUAGCUCCGCUAAAAACAUUUACUGAAACGAACACAGCUUUCAAGAGUCAAAUAUUUACCGGGAAAAUAUUAAAAACACUGAUGUAUUCCAAUAUAUGAAAUAAAUCUGUCAAUUUGUGCUGUCAUAUGUUUUGUCUGGUAUUGUAUUUUGUGUUGUUUAAA